AGGUGGUCUUUUGAGCAACCCAUGGAUUUCUUUUCACGGUGAAAGCUACAACCAUUCAUGAGAUUAGGGUUCAUAAUUAAAAUUCUUGCAGGGAGAGAAACUAAAGCUGAGAGAACAAAAGGGUUUCUUUGAUUUUUGCAUAGAGAGAAAUCAGAAAUGGAGGUUAGUAACAAACAGGUUCUGUUGAAAGAUUACGUUGUUGGGUUUCCGAAAGAAACGGACAUGAUUCUGAGCAGUGGAAUCAUCAGUUUGAAGGCUCCUGAGGGAUCAGAAGCGAUUGUAGUGAAGAAUCUCUACUUGUCUUGUGAUCCAUACAUGAGAUCCUGUUUGGGGAAGCCGGAUAAGUUCAGCUAUGCUCCUUCUUUCACCCCUGGCACUCCCAUAAUCGGCUAUGGGGUGGCUAAAGUGGUGGAUUCUAAUCAUCCGAACUUCAAGGAAGGUGACUUGGUUUGGGGGAUAACUGGAUGGGAAGAGUAUAGCCUGAUUACAAGGGCAAACACGUUCCGUAAAAUUGAACACACUGAUGUACCACUUUCCUACUAUACGGGAAUACUUGGGAUGACUGGUAUGACUGCUUAUGCUGGUUUUCAUGAGGUGUGCUCUCCUAAGAAAGGAGAAACUGUGUUCAUAUCAGCUGCAUCUGGUGCAGUUGGCCAACUUGUUGGACAGUUUGCCAAGUUAAUGGGUUGUUACGUGGUUGGAAGUGCUGGAAGCAAAGAAAAGGUUGAUCUGUUGAAGAACAAGUUUGGAUUUGAUGACGCUUUCAAUUAUAAAGAAGAGCAUGACUUGGAUGCUGCUUUAAGGAGGUACUUUCCUGAAGGCAUAGACAUUUACUUUGAAAAUGUUGGUGGGAAGAUGCUUGAUGCAGUCCUCCUCAACAUGAAAGUUAAUGGCCGCAUUUCUGUGUGUGGGAUGAUCUCUCAGUACAACCUAGAAAAGAAAGAGGCUGUGCACAAUUUGUUCUGCCUUGUUAGUAAGCAGAUUCGCAUUGAAGGGUUCUUGAUUGCCAAAUUCUUUCACCUUUACCCCAUGUUUCUUGAUUACGUUAUACCGUUUAUCAAAGAAGGAAAGAUAGCUUAUGUAGAAGAUAUUGCUGAAGGCCUUGAUCAAGCACCUGGAGCUCUGAUAGGACUCUUCAAUGGCCGCAAUGUUGGGAAACAGGUUGUGGUGAUUGCUCGUGAGUGAUAACAGUAUUUUUGUAAUUCCAUCUGUCCCUACUGUAUAGUAUAGAUGAGGACUAUGGUAUUACAUGGUUUCAAUGUACAAUUAGAAAGUUUUAAGGGAUCUUAUAGUUGAUUAGCAAGGAAAUGUUAUGAUGUCAAUUCAUAGCUUCCUUACUCUGUUUCUAUGUGUGUUCAUCUUAUGUUGGAAUUGUGAUCUUUUGAUAGUUUCCUUUUAUGUAAAACAAUAAUAAUAAUAAAAUAAAUAAAAGAAAAAAAAUAAUGAGCUCAGUUCUCUUUUUUUUUGGUGAA